CCUCCGACAGCGUCAGUUCGUUUGCGAACUGUGUGAAAAGCGAAUUCGGACGCAACGUUUUAUUCGAAAAUCUAAAAAAAGCACAAAAAGUCAAAAACGAAACGGAAAAGCGUCAACGAACCGCUGUGCGAGUGUGAACGGUGCUGAAAAGUGCUAAAGAAAGGCAUUAGUACACUUUAAUAUACAAAUAUAUCAACACUUAAGAAAGUGUGCUAAAAGCGGCACAUAAAUAGAUAUUUUAGUGAUUGUGUUUCCUAAGAAAAAAAACAAAAUCAAACAACGAAAAAACGCGCGUGUAAAACAGAAAAACAAAUUUGAAGAAAAAACGGUGAAUAACCGUUAAGUGCUAAUGACUUCCCUUGAGGCAUUAUUUUGUAUCCUGCUUAAUUUCAUGUUGUUCUAAUGGCGCUGUGAGGCCGCCAUUGUGUUGGAGAGGCGUGAAAUAAUUGCAAGCUCGCGCUAACAUAAACCUUCAAUUGCCAAUCCAAUCCACCAGCAUACUUGUGAUAUUUAAGUGGUUGCAACUACAAGUUUUCAAUGCAACAUACCAUUUGAGUUCAGUGCACGAUUUGGAUGACGACUGAGCGACCGUGGCGACAAGCUUCGCGAAAUGGGGAAAAACUAUCAAGUCAUAAAAGGGAAACGGCAAACCAAACUGACGCUGGUGACAAGCGAUUGAAAAUACUACAAACUCACAAACAAGUGAGAGAAAUGCUCCCUAGGAGACGUUGACUAGCGUCAUAUCCUUACAGUAAACCAAACUACAAAAAGCAACGGAAGCUGAAACUAAACUGAGGAAAUACAUACCUACAUAUGUAUGUAUAAGCACUUUUACAGGGCGAUUUAGUAAAACUGUAGAAUCUUCGCUUGAAAUCAACUUGAAACGCACAUGCACAGCAUAAUACUGAAUAAAAUAAAACUAAUGGAGCGCGCAGAGCGAGAUUUUUUGGCGCAAAGAGAGCUGUGGCUGUACCAGAACUACCAACUUGCAAUCGCGGGAUGCAAUGAAGAAUGCUUAAUAUUGGUAAUGCAUAAAAUUUUGAAAUGCCAGAGUUAGACAGGAAAUAGCAAAGCUUUUGAAAUAUAUAUAAAGGAUUUAUUAAACAGCGAAUUUGUCCAAAUUCUUAUAUUUGCUCACAAGUGAUUAUUAAAAUUUAUUCCGCUGGAGGGUUGUGAAUACCUUUGAGUGCCUUUUAAUGCCUCAUACUUUGCAGAAAAAUCUUACUAAGACGUAAUAAGAGGAUGCGGCAAGAGAUUACUGAUAUAAAUAAUGAAAUUGAAUAUUUUAGCGUUGAAUAAUUAUUAAAAACAAAAAAUAAAAGGAUUGAUUAAAAGUAGUAAAAAGUUAAAUAAAAAACUAAAAACAACAAAUGUAAAGUUACCAUAAAUAGUUACGCUCCAAAGAAGCAGCUUUAUAAGCUCAAAAUAACGUUGCAAUUGUUUUUGUUAAAAUGUAUAACAUGAGUGAAAAAUUAUAUAAAUAAGCUGCAACAAUUUUAAGCACGUUUUUCAUUGAAUACUGUACUCUAGGUUAAGGCCAGUGUUUUGUGAUAUUUUCAAGCUUUACUUGUAUGCAAAAGAUUGAAGUUUUGUAAUCUUAAUUACAAAAAUUAAAGGAGCUUUACAUUAUAUAUAUAUACCAAAAACGGAAAAUUAAAAAAAAAAACUAAUAAUAAUUAAAAAAGACAACUGAAAGCGAAACUUAAAGGAAUAGUUUAAAGCCUGGAGCUGUACAGAAUAUAUUGCUAAGAGUUAAGACCAAAGACGGUGCAGAUGCACAAGAAGAAAUUAUAAGUUUCUAUUGAAUUUAGAAUUAUUUUGGCAGCUAGUUUAUAAUAUUUAAACAAUAAAAAUUAGCUUAGCUCUAGCAUAAUUUGUAAAUACUUAGCGGUACGAGCCUUUUGGUCCAACGACUAAUAGUACAUCGAUUUGAAAAAUAUAUUAUUUUCUUGCCCAAUUCCGCCAGCAGUUACUUUUGUUGGCGUAACUGUUUCUGUGAGUGUUUCUGAUAUAUUCAUAACUUAAAAUUAGCAACAUUAACUAACUAACUGCUUAGUACAGGCGCGACUCGUUCUUUUCUCCAUACUUAAAUCGUCUUAAGUUAGAAUAAAUUCGAUUACCCAGUGCGCUUGUGGCCUCACUUCUUAUCGCAGACCGAUGACUGAACUCAAUGCGACGCACGGAUUCGACCCGCACAUUUUUCAUACACUAAAGUCAUCUCCACGCAUACAGGAUCUGCUACGCCAAGAGCCCGCUUUGCUACCGCCCGCUGAUGUUGUUGUGGAUAGUUCGACGCAUGAUUACGAUGCGGCGCCGAUCAAUUUGCAAGAUUUCAUACAGAGUGUGUCGGACAGCAAUGUCUUCGUUGAGUAUAUUGCACCCACAGAUUCUACAAUAUACUCACUCGGCAAGAGCGCUGCGGACGACGGCACACUCUUUCCCCAGUUGACAGAGAAUUUCACCUUCCACAAUUUCUACAGCAACCAGUCGAAUAGCACACAUUGUAAGGAUGUCUAUCAUCCGGAUGACGACACCCGUCUAGAGUUUUGGGUUUGUGGCGUUGUAUUGAAUAUUGUCGGCAUAUUCGGUAUUAUUGGCAAUAUCAUCUUCAUGAUUACUUCACGUCCUCAAAUGCGUUCCAGCAAAAAUUAUUUGCUCAUUGGCUUGGCGCGUUGUGAUACGACUUUGAUCAUCACAUCCAUGUUGCUCUUUGGCAUUCCCUGUGUCUAUCCAUAUUCGGGUUAUUUCUUCUAUUAUUACAACUAUAUUUAUCCGUUUAUAUCACCGUCAAUCUUCCCCAUCGGCCUGACAGCGCAAACGGCUAGCAUAUACAUGACGUUCACCGUGACUUUGGAGCGUUAUGUGGCCGUUUGCCAUCCGCUCAAGUCGCGUGCGCUUUGUACUUAUGGACGCGCCAAAAUCUACUUCAUUGUUUGUUGUAUACUAUCGUUGCUGUACAACCUGCCACGCUUCUGGGAAGUUAUGACGGUGAGUUACCAGCCUGAGGGUAGUGAGAUAGUGUAUCAUUGCUUACGACCGUCGCCUUUACGACAAAAUCAAACUUACAUCAAUAUCUACAUACAUUGGUGUUAUCUGAUUAUCAAUUAUAUAAUACCAUUCCUCACGUUAGCCAUACUCAAUUGUCUGAUCUAUCGCAAAGUGAAGCGUGCGAAUCGCGAACGACAACGUUUGUCGCGCUCCGAGAAGCGAGAAAUUGGCUUAGCGACUAUGCUGAUCUUCAUCGUAAUUGUCUUUUUCCUACUAAACUUUCUUGCGCUUGUCGUAAAUAUCGAUGAGGCUUUCUACAAUAAAAUCGAUCACUCACUAACGAAAAUCUCCAAUUUGCUGGUGACGAUCAAUAGUAGUGCGAAUUUCUUAAUUUACGUCAUUUUCGGCGAGAAGUUCAAACGUAUUUUCUUGUUGAUUUUUUUCAAACGCCGCCUCAGCCGCGACCAACCCGAUCUUAUUCACUACGAGAGUUCUAUAUCGAACAACGGUGACGGCACAAUAAAUCAUCGUUCAUCGGGCCGGUUUUCACGACACGGUACGCAGCGCAGUACAACAGGCACGUACCUGGUUACCGGCGGCGGCUCGAACAACAGUACUUUGAAGAAUGUGCGUUUGGUACAGACCGGUUCGCCCGGUGUGGUGAAGAUCAAACGCAAUCGGGCGCCCUCGCCGGGACCGGUCGUGUACUACCCGGCACGCGACAGUCAACGUACAACUGUUGUGACGCCGGUGGCGUUGGCGUCGAACAACAACACGGCACUAAGCUGUGAUUGGAUUGACGCCAAGAACGGACAAAUGACUUCGGGGAUCUGAAAGCAUGCGAUCAGUUCAGAUACGGUUGGAGGCGGCGAGUGUGUAUUUGUAGCGAAAGGGUAUAACUGUAAACGAGGUUUAGUUGUUCACGUAUGGUUUGGUUAAAGGUCAUCCGCUUGAUAUAUACGUACUGAUAUGUUAACCAAGCGGUGUUAUUACGACAAUAAAUAAUAAUAUAAUGUAAUUACUUUUGAAAAAUUCUUUUUAAACCACAGACUUCUUUCUUUUAAAUGGUAGUACAAGUCAGUUAGCGUCUGUAGUCUCAGUCUUUCAGUAUUUGAGACUUCGAUCUGGAGUUUUGCACACAUACUUUUCUUCUCAAGAAACUGCUCAUGUGUCGUGAGGAGCAGUCAUCGUUUAUGCCUGCGCUUGGCGCGAAUUUUUACAGACUUUGUGGCCUUAGAAUCGAUAGCUCCUCUAGUGAAUUAUACCGUUGGGAUCCCAGAUGCUUACAACAUAAUUGUGCCAAUGCGGUACAAGUGCACAAGAGAUGCUCCGUUGUCUCAAUGCACCAUGGCUCUAGACAUAUCUUACAGUCUGCUCACUCUGUCAGUCCCAUUCCGCGAGCAUGUGUCGCCACCAGUCAGUGACUUUUUAGUAUUCCGUUUAUGUUCCUACAGCCUCUUUAGUUGAGUGCAAAUAGAAAUUUCAUGUACUUCCGAUCUAUCGUUUUGCACAGGACUUUUGCAGUUUUGCAACGAGGUAGCUCGUUCCUUCGAGUCAUGAUUUUCUUCACCAUGCGUCUGUCGAGAUCGUCGUAUAGACAAUACAUGGCUUUCCCAAUGUUUAUCACAUUUUCGGGUGUUGGUCGUAUAACAAUCUUGGCAAUCUCGUUCACUGUUUCAUUUCCCGCGUUGUAUUUGUAGCUUGGCACCCAGUAAAAGUGAAGUUACUUGCUUCUGGCAACACUUUCAACUGCUGUCCUGCUUCCAAGACCCUUUUGCUGGUUGGUCGAUAUGCGAUACGAGGUUACUGUCUUGAUAGCUGCUUGGCUGUCUACGUGGAUGUUGACUUUUUUCUGCAUAACUUUUAUUGUUAAUUCGAUUUAUACCUUCCAUAUUAAUUUAUAAUUUCUUAGUCAUAACUUUUCUCCGAAAAAUACUCCACAAUAAAAAGCAGUAAAAUAAAAUAAAAUGUAAUACUACAGUACAGGCAGAUUGCUGUAAAGUCCAAUACAGAUGACAAACGAAGCUUUUUACAACAAUUUCUUCAAUGUUAAAUAUCUCAUAUGGUAUAUAAAUGUCAAAUGCUUACAUUUUUAGCAACAACUAACUGUUAAUAAACUGACGAAUUUAUCCAACCUAUCCGUGUACUAGUGGCGCUAGCCAAGCACUUAUAUAUGCAAAUGGAUUUGUGCACUCGUGGCCACGCAAACCUUACCACUAUACCUUCUUAAAAAUAUUUUAGGUAUUUUUCGUUCGUUCGGGAUUUUUUUAAAUUUAUUUAUUUUUUUUUUGAUAUUUUUGGUAAGCACAAAUUAACUUAAUAUUAUUGUCUAAAUAUAAUUUUUAAUUUAUUACGUUUAUUCAGUAAAACACAAAUUAGCUUUUCUGUGCUUAUACACAAGCGGGCGCUUUUAUUGUUUCGAAAGUGAUAUAUAAAAUAAACUAAAAUAUUAAUUUCAAAUAUAGUGUAAUUGAAAUUAAAUUUAAAAAAUAAAAAAUAUAAUUUUUUCAUCGCAUGUCAGUCUCUUACAUUUCGAGCUUGUUUUGUAAAGCUCACUAGCUUUCAAAUGACUAUGUCUAUAAAUGAAUAUGUUUUGAUUUUAAUUUUUAAUAUUUUUGAUGAAUAACAUGUCAUUAACUUAUUUCUAGGUAAAAAAUUUCUAUACCGCUAUAAAGUGUUGAAAAUUUUUAGUGGUAAGGUUUGCGUGGCCACGUGUGUAAAUGCAAUGCGCCCACGCGUUAUGCGUACUCGUAUCUACAACCUAUUUACAGUUAAACCGUUUCAUGAAUUAUGCACACUUUCGCUACCUUUGAAUUUAUAAAUGUAUAAAUAUGUAUGUAUGUAUUUAACUGUAUCUAUGUAAAGGAAAAAAAAAUUGUAAAAUAUUAGCGCAAAAUCUUAGCCGUAAAACUUAGUAUAAAUAUUAUAGUUAAUUAUUUGAAUAGUUAAAUCUCCAAAUGUGAAGUAAUUUUCUGAAUACACACCUAUAAAUUUACAUAUGUACAUAUAUAAAGAUAUAAAGGACAAAUUCUAGGCUAAGUAAACGAAUAUCAAAAUGUUCAUGUAACUUUUUGAAUUUUAUUCAAACGAUAUAUUUAUGUGUAUCUAUUGUUACGCUGAUAAUAUUUAAUAAAGAAAAAAUUAUUAAAGAAACAAAUAAUAGUUAAUAAUUGGCUAACUACAUACUAUUUAUAAAAUACAAGGUCGCGCCACUCGAACCACAAACAAAUGUCAUGUACACUAGUAACGUAAAUGGUGUUUUUUUAAACACGCAGCGUUCAAAAAAUAAAUAAAACGCAUAAAAUUUAAUAUUACAGAAACGAAUCUUCAUUUUGAUAAUAAAUAUGCACGGCUUACAAACGUUGCUCCGGAGUAAGUCUGUGCAUUAUGGAA